CACCCAUUCCUCAAUAAAAAACAGAAGUACUCAGAGUUUCCCUCAUAAGUCUCGGACAGUGUCCCGGCCGGCACCACACGGCCUGUAGCGUGUGUUUGAGGGAGACGUCCCAUCAGCAGCCGGUAUUCUGAGCCAGGGAAACUGAUGAAGGAUGUUUGCUUCCGCUCGGCCAAUCACGCUGCUGCUGCUGCUUCACCUGCUCGGCUCAGUUACAUCACUUUCCAUUCAGACACCUGCUCCACCCAUUCCGUCCCAAGUCUCCCCUCCCUCACCCGUCCCGUCAGAUGUCCCGUCUUUCCCCUCGUCUGUCAGCGUCCCGCCCUCCACCCCUCCCUCCAUCAGCAGCGGCGGAGAGUCGGCCACAACAGCUCGAUGCCCCCUGACCACGUCGCCCUCCACUGUGGUCGUCAGGUUUGCUGAUCCGUUCACAGUCAACUGCUCUAUACCAGUGAUGGGAUUCCCUGUCCUGGGCUGGGAAUUCGAACUGGGGACAACCGCCAUGCCGAUUCCCGAGGCCACUCAGGGUCGUUUCCUGGUCUGGAGUGUGGACAGGAUGACCGAGUGGAGCAUCAAGCCCAUGUGCUUCGCUCUGUUGGAGCAGGGACAGUGCCACAUCGACCUCCCUGUGAUCGUCUACAAGCCUCCAGACUUCGUCUCCAUCAGCGUUGCCGAUCACUCUGGGCCGAUGUUGGAGGGUCGUGAGUACACUCUGCAGUGUGAGGUGCAGGACGUGGCUCCUGUGGGACGCCUCGCCGUGACCUUCUACAAGGGACAGUCGGCUCUGCGUCAACUGCAGUCCAACAACACGAAGAAGGAGCCAGUGACUGAGGUCUUCACUCUGGAUAUUAUCCCCAGUAAAGAAGAUAAUGGAGCUCAGUACUGGUGUGAAGCUAAGCUGGAACUGGGACCAGACGGACCACAGCACCCUCCAGUGGUGACGUCAGAAAAACUGAAUGCCACGAUCCUCUUUGGUCCGAACCUCGUCUGUCCACCGAAGCUGCAGGUGAGAGAGGGAGAGAGUCUGGCCUGUGAGGUGAGAGGGAACCCUCAGCCGUCAGUCACCUGGUUCAGGGACGGACAGAAGGUCGCCCUGCCUGCUCACUCGAGCAAAGAGCAUGCUGGGAAAUACACGGCCUGGACAACAGGACAUCUUGGACAGAAAAACUUUACAGUGGAGGUGGAGGUCCUCGGUGGCAGAGGAACUACAAACAUCUUGAAUGGAUAUUUCCUUUUGGGCGUCGUCUUAAUCCAGAUGAUUACGUGGCUGUAAAAACAAAAAACAGAACCCAGCUCCAUCUGUGACCCCCCCCCCCCACCCCAUCAUUUGAAUGAACUGCCUUAAUACAAGGAAUAUUUUCAGAGCUGGAGUCAGUGAAGAGAUUCAGAGUUUUUCCCUCUUUUGUCCCAAUGGAUCUCUCUUUAAAUUCAUGUCUUUUUAUGCUUCUUUAUGUUCAAGGUACAUUUUCUUCUGUUAUUACACUGACGCCAUAUCACGCACAACAGCUGCAUUUCAAUGCAUGCAGAAAGACUCACUUUCUUGUCGUGUACAACUUCAUCACAAAUCAUACUGACAGUUCAGUUUCCACAUUUGCUAAAUGUUAGUGUCCACAGGUCUUACUUCUCUGCUGUGCAUUAAAAUGAACUAUCCAAUGCA